AUGACUUCAACAAAGAUUAUAUCGUUCGCUUUUUCAGGUCGAAUACGAAGAUCAAUAAAGUCUAGAUUAUAUUCCAAGAUUUUACUAUCUUCAAGAUAUUAUUCAGAUAGCUCUAACAAGGGAACAGAUCUCAAAUUAGAUGAUUUCUUUUAUUGGGUUCAAAAUUCUUACCAAAAUUUACCAGCUAAUAACCAGACUAUAGAAGACAAAAAAAAAGAUGAUUUACUACAUAAAAAUUUAGAAAAUGAUUCAACUCAAGCAAUAUUUCUAAAACCAGUUGCAGCAAAAGAGGAGAAGAAAUUUACUAUUAUUCAAGAUAAAAACUUUAACCACCAAUGGUUUUCACAAUUUAAAAGAGGUGAUGUUAGAGAAUUGACAUUAAUCACUAAAAUGUUAGAAGAUGAAAAAUUAUUAUUCUCAAUUCCACAACUUUUUCAACUUCUAAAAUCAUAUCAAUAUUUAUGUUAUUACAGAGAAAUCCAUCAAUUAUACACUCUUUAUAAACCUUAUACCGAUUUACUUCUGGAAGACCUUCCCACUGAUAAUAAAACUAAAUAUAAAGAAUAUUUGGAAAUAUUUUUAAAAGUAGAAUAUAAACUAAAGCAUUAUAAAAUAUGUGAAGAACUUUUCUCUGAAUAUAUUCAAUUUUCUGAUGUUAAAACAGAUAUGAUAUCCAUUGGGCUUGAGUCAUUUAUUCAAAAUAAUAAUAUUCAAUUAGCAUGUCAAUUUUAUAUUCAAGCUCUUAAUAAUCCAGAUACAUUUCUUAUGAAUAAUAAAACAUUGUAUCUUUUUUUAAUAAAUUUAUUGAAAUAUUCUGAUAUAUCCACAAUGAAUUUUGUAUUUAAUUUGUGGAUUGAAAAAACAACUAAUAAUAGUAACAAAUAUAAUCAAGACGAGAUACACUGUCCAGACACUUUAAUUCUACUUUUAAUGCAUAGAGCAUUCAUUCAAGCGAAUGAUAUGGAAGGAUUAAAAUCAUUUUUAAAUCUGCCCAUUGUGAAAUCACUAGAAUACAUAAAUUCAGCUGCUUUUGAAACGAUUGAAUUAUCAAGAAAAUUAAAAAAGUCGAAAAUCGUCUCCCCAGGUUAUAUAAAUGACACAUUAAUCAAUGAUCAGAUUUCUAAAUUGACCGAAAAGAUAAAAAAUGAACCAAGAUGGAUAAGGAAACGUAUAUAUUAUGAAUUAAUAGCCACCUUUAUUGAUUUUGGUGAUUUUUCUAAAGCUAUUAAUGUUGUUGAUAAACUAGAAUAUGAUCAUGAACUAAGAUACAAUCGUCUAUAUUUCCCCUUAUUGUCAACUUAUUUUUUAAAAACUGGGAAAUUUAACUCAUUUCUCAAAUUUUAUGAAGGUAUAAAGAAUUCUCAAAUUUCAGACCAGAUUCAUUUAACUGAUGAAAUUUUAAACCAGUUUUGGGUAGCAUUCAAUAGGGAGUACCCAUCUCUUUUACUUGAGAUGCGCAAUGAACUGCAACUUCUUUUGAACCGGGAAAAAUAUAUGAAAAGUUUACCGUGGUUACAUUCAUUUACUGAAAGUUUAUCUAGAGAUCCAAAGAAUCGUGAUAUGAAACCUUUUUGGAAGUCCAAAAAUAUUUUGUUAGAUUAUAAAAAAUAUGGGAAGGUGAAAAAUCUAUUACAAGAAAAUAAAAUUGAAUCAAUAAAGGAAUAUAUAUUGGAAGAUUUUAGACAAGGUACGAGGCCACAUUUUUCGUAUAUUUAUUCGAUAUUUAAGUUGUUUGCCAAAUACAAUCAGCCUAGCUUAUCAGAAUUAUCAACGCAUGCCUUAAAACGAUACAACUAUCAUAUUCCCUUAAAAUAUAAAAUAUUGCUAUUACAACAAGAAAUUAAUAGUAUAAAGAAUUCUUCUGAUGAUUUUAUUUCAUUUUAUCAGAUUAAACAAUCGGUUAUUAACAAAAUCCAAAAUUUUUAUUCAUUGAAUAAGGAGAAAUUUAACUUUCAAAACUAUAUUCAACUUGCCAAUUUGGGUACACACAUCUAUAAGACCCCAAUUAUUCUUCAAAUAAUUCAAGAUUCGAAAGAUAAACUAAAUAAAGACAAUAAGUUACAUUGGUCAUUGUACUAUCUCACAACUCUAAAGGUAAAUGCAAAAUUAUUUCGUCCAAACCAAUUUUACGAAAUAUUAAAAGAUUGGAACACAAAUAUACAAAAUAGUAUUAUUACUAAAGAAGAUAUUCGCGUUAUUAAAAGAAAUAUUCAUUUAUUAGAUAAACAAAAUGAAAAGUUCAAAAUAGAAACGGAAUUAACACCUGAGCUGAGAUCAAAAAUUGAUGAAGAAGUAAAGAUUUUUAAACAGAAUUACACUGAACGAAAUAUAACUGGUCUUGAUAAAAUGAAACAAAUAAUAACUUUUCUUGAGUCCUGGCUUGAUAAAGAAGUUGAUUUCUAUUUAGCAUUGAAAGAAAAAAGAAAAGGAGAACUCCUCUCGGAUAGCAAUAAUGAUUUAAAUAUUCAAGACGAUGAAAUUACUGUAAAUAGUUUGCAUUAA